AUGUCUCAUACGGUCGGGUUGGUCGUUCAGGAGAGGGUGGCUCCAACAGCUUCAACACCCGAAACGGAUACCAAAGCGCCCCAUCCACGCGGCGUCGAAGCGAUCCAUCGAAGCCGAUAUCCAUUCGCGGCGGAGUCCAACGACGACGCGAACGAGUCGCAGUUGGCCGUGAUUGGCUAUGACCCAGCAUUCUCCAGCACCGCCAAGAAAGCCACCGUGGAUCCGGACCUGAAGCUGGCUCCACUAUCGAGGUUAUCACUUAUCCUGUCCGUGAAAUCUUCCCCUUCGCGCCAUUGGGGUCUUUGGGACGGUCGCUGGCAAUAA